AUGCGUCUCCCCUAUGCCCCCCAGACGUCAAAAGAUUCAAAUCCCGAAACGCAUGAAAUCUACAGUCGAAUCGCCGCCAGGCGUACACCAAGACCAUUGAUUCCUCUUGAUCUCACACUCUUGCAUGCUCCUCCUGUCGCAGAUGGCUACAACAGUUUUAUUGGAUCACUACGCUCAAAGACCAUCCUUGAUCCAGCUUUGUUGGAACUGUCCAUCUGUCGCAUAGCUGUUUUGAACCAUGCUGUGUACGAGUGGAAUAUCCACGCACCGCUUGCUUUGAAAGCUGGACUUCAGGUAUCCACGCUGCAGGAUACGCGUUCACUUCCACCAUUAUGCCAAGCAACUCACGAAAGUUCCGAUGUAUGGGAGAAGUCAUGUCUCACGGCUCGGCAAAAAGCUGUCCUUGCAUAUACAGAUGCUAUGACGGAAUCAGUGACUGUAUCUGAUGAUGUGUUCCAGCAACUUGUCGAAGUAGAACUGUCAGACCGGGAGAUUGUGGAACUUACUGCCACGGUUGCUGGUUACAACUGUGUUAGUCGGAUUCUGGUGGCGCUGGAUGUUGGAGAAAUGAAUUCUCGUGAGAUGACGAGUGUCGAGGACCUCGCGAAUCUUAUCUGA